AUGAAUCUACUCAGGACUAGCGCUCAGAGCAACAACAGGACAGCGUCUUGGCUUAUGAAAUUUAGUUUCCUUUGGCUGCUUAGUCAGAACGGCUGCAGAGCCACUGCUGUGUGGUCAGCUUACAUGAACAUAUCAUUUCACGUGGGCAAUCGCAUGUUGUCUGAGCUGGGGGAGGCAGGCGUGUUUGGAAGAAGCUCCGCUUUGAAGAGAGUGGUGGGAGUUAUUGUGCCCCCGGAAGGAAAAUUGCAAAAUGCAUGUAAUCCCUACUCCACUUUCAAGAAACCGAAGUCCUCCGAGACAUGGCUGGCGCUCAUCGAACGGGGAGGAUGUACCUUCUCACAGAAAAUUAAGGUGGCCAUCGAGAACGGUGCCAGUGGGGUUAUCAUCUAUAACUUCCCAGGAACUGGAAACCAAGUGUUUCCCAUGUCUCAUCAGUCACACGAGGACAUCGUCGUGGUGAUGAUUGGUAACCUGAAGGGCUUGGAGAUCCUGCAUUUGAUUCAGAAGGGGGUGCACGUUACCGCUAUGAUUGAUGUGGGCAGAAAGCACAUCAUCUGGAUGAACCACUACUUCAUCUCUUUCGUGAUCGUCACAACCGCAACGGUGGCCUAUUUCAUCUUUUAUCACAUCCGGAGACUCUUGAUAGCAAGGAUUCAGAAGAGGAGAUGGCAGCAGUUGACCUCAGAUCUCAAGAAAGCUUUUAGCCAGCUCCAGCUUCGGGUACUGAAAGAAGGGGACGAGGAAGUCGGCCCCAAUGGAGAUAGCUGCGUUGUUUGCUUCGAACUCUAUAAGCCCGAUGAUACCAUCCGUAUUCUGACUUGCAAACAUUUUUUUCACAAGGACUGCAUUGACCCCUGGAUUUUGUCCCAUGGGACCUGCCCCAUGUGUAAAUGUGAUAUUCUUAAAGCUUUGGGGAUUCAUGUAGAUAUUGAAAAUGGAACUGAACCCUUGCGAGUGUUAAUGUCCAAUGAAUUGCCUGGUGCCCUCUCACCUAAUGAAGAGGGGUUAAGUAAUGAACUGCCCCCUGCACGAAGGUCAGAGAAAGUGGGCCACGCAGUGGAAGAGGGGCACCCUGCUUCUCAGAAUGACAACGAGCCAGCUUCUGUAGCAGAAAUUGUACGCCCUUCACUUUAA